AUGAAUCAGAUGGGAGUGAUGGAUAAGCCUUGUUUCCACAAACCCAAUAGAAACCCAAAGGGAGUGGUUCCCUCAUCCAAAUACCGCAUGGGCAAAAGGAACAGGCAAAAGGCAAAAGGAACAGUCAUUCCAAGAUGGCGCCGAGUAUGGCUGCCGUGUUGCGAGCUCCCGCUUACUUUUGCAGUUUUUUGUUGUUUUUGUGUUUCACUUCUGGAAAUCAGAUCGUCGAUCACUCACCGGAAACCGGACUUUGAGUUCCAUAACGCCGAUCCUUUGUUUGCUAACACUGGAGAGGCGCCACUCAUCUGGGCCGCCCGGCCACGCACCCGUCGAAGACGCCGGAAAAGAGGCAAGAGAGCCGGCGUGCUCGUCAGACUCAGACGACGUGCCCAUCGGCCGCCUCUUCCCACCAUAUUACUGGCUAACGUGCAGUCCUUGGAAAACAAGUUGUGUGAGCUUCAUGCACGGGUCGCCUUCCAGCGAGAGAUCCGGGACUGCAGUGUUAUCUGCCUCACAGAAACGUGGUUAUCCGAUAAGGUCCCUGAUAAUGCCAUCGAACCCGCCGGGUUCUCUCUGCACCGCGCCGAUAGAACCAAGCAGCUCUCCGGGAAAAGCAAAGGAGGAGGUGUAUGUUUUCUGAUCAAUAACGCUUGGUGUGAUCGGAGGAAUGUACAUUUCAUCGAGUCUUUCUGCUCGCCGGAUUUGGAAUUUCUCACCGUGUUUUGCCGGCCGGCGUGGCUGCCCCGUGAGAUAAUGGGACUCUGUCUGGCCGCGGUGUACACCCCCCCGCAGGCGGACUCGGACCUCGCGCUCGGGAAGCUACACGAGGCUAUCAGCAAGCAGAUGACCGCGCGCCUGGAGGCUGCACUUAUUGUUGCGGGGGACUUUAAUCGGAAUAACCUGCGAACCUACUGUCCGACAUUAUUCCAGCACGUAACGUGUUUCACUCGGAAAGACAGGAUUUUAGACCAUGUUUACUCCAGCAUCCGGAACUGUUACAAAUCCCUCCCCCGACCCCCGUUCGGCAAAUCAGAUCACUCCUCCAUCCUGCUCCUGCCCACCUAUAGGCAGAAGCUGAAACGGGGGCCGGUCACUACCAGGGAGGUGCGCCGCUGGUCUGACCAAUCAGAUGCUAUGCUGCAGGAUUGUUUUGAUCAUGUGGACUGGGAAAUGUUCCGUGAUUCGUCGGGCAGCGUGGACGAGUACGCAGACACAGUCACCGCCUUCAUACGCAAGUGUGUGGAUGACGUAGUGCCCUGCAGACAAGUCCGCGUUUACCCCAAUCAGAAGCCCUGGCAGAACUGUGAGGUUCGCUCCGCCCUCACGCAGCGCUGCAUUCAGAGCGGGAAAUACGGAGGAGUACAAGCAAUCCAACUACGCUCUCCUACCAGCGCUGAUCUGCCGGAUGAGCUUAAUAACUUCUACGCUCGCUUCGACGGAAUUCCCGCAGCACCACUGGAGAGCGCCCCGCCCACCGCUGAUCCCAACCCCCCCUCCGUCUCCGUAGCUGAUGUGUGCAAAGCCUUCAAGAGGGUGAACCCACGCAAGUCAGCAGGACCAGAUGGCAUUCCCGGGAGACAAAGCGCUCUGUGUGGAUCUCGCAGUCUUUCUCCAACAGUCUUGAACUAUCGCUCAGGUGGGAAGAAAGUCACUAUGAUCGCUAUUACAGAGCACUAA